AUGGGCAUUUCAUGGCUUCCCUUUUCCCCUACCUCUCCUCCCUCGCCGGACGAUGACUGGUGGCCCUAACCCUAACCCUAACCCUAACCCUAAUCCCACGUCCAUGGCGAUCCUCUCUCCCCGAUCUCUAACCCUAACCCUAAUCCUAAUCCUUGCCCUCUCCCCUUUCCUGUCCGCCACUCCAUUGCCGCAUCCAUUGCCACAUCCAUCGCCGUCUCCAGCCCGCCGCCCUUCUCCUCCCCAAAAGCAUCCCCCUCCUUCUCACAAUUCGCAUCCCUCUCCACCUCUCCAUCCCAAGCCCACUCCGCCUCUAAAAUCCCAUCCGUCUCCCCCUCAUCAGCCUCAUCCUCCCCAGCCCCUUCACCUCACCAAGUCUCCAGCCACCUUAAAUGCCAAUCCCAAUGCCAUCCACGUUGCCCAUCCUUCCAACCAGCAGCAUCCUCCCUGCAGCACUCCCGGCCAGAUUUGCCGCAAUGAGACCCGCUUCCCCCUCCGCAACGCCCCACCAGGGCCACCACCACCACCUCUCCGCAAGGGGCGUCUCAAUUUCGGGAAAAAGCUCGGGCUUUUGUUCGCUGGCAUCGGUGUCCUUUUGCAGAUCGGAUUGGGUGGCUUCUUGGCUUUCAAACGAUGGCAAUUGAAGAUGUUGGAGGAUGGGCCGCAGGUGACGCGGAGUGGCCGGCGACGCCUCAGGAUUCCAUCCUCGGCUUCCUCUUCUUAGUUCUUGGAUUUGAGACGUGGGGUUUGAGAAAAAAUUAUUCUUUUUUUCGUGAAAACUGAAGAUUGGUGAAGGGUGUGUGAAUUUCUUUGUUGGGAGUGGAAAAGAUGAUUCUUUUGUGGCGGCUGGUGCAAUGUGAGUGGUUCUUUUUUACUUCGCGUUCCAAUUAGGCGCCCAGUGUAAAAAAUGGUAUUUCUCUAUUGUUGUAUCUCUUUUUCUUUAUUCCAUAUAUACAAAGUUGUUCAUAUUCCUACGUUUAUUGAAGCUAUUCAACGUAAUUUUCCUCUUUUGGAUGUA